UACAGUUUUCAAAACCCCUGUCUUUAACCCACGUCAUUAUUGAUUGGAAUAUCGGAUGUAUACUACAGAAAAAUAGAGUUGGGGUUUGUCUUUCAAAUCUUCCCGUUUACCCACCGACUCAUCACCCUUCCAGGGCUAUAUCUCCGAAGCAAACUAUCGCGAAUGUGAAGGAAAAUGGUUAUAGCAUCGCUCGAGAGGGAUAAUAAUGGCAACACCAGAUUUAACGGUUGCACUAGCAUUCGCGAUUAUGAAUUUCUAGGGAAACUUGGUGAGGGCACUUUUGGAGAGGUCUACAAAGCAAAAUCUAAGAAGAAUGGGUCUAUAUUCGCACUGAAGAAGAUCCUCAUGCACAAUGAAAGGGAUGGGUUCCCAAUUACAGCCCUUCGGGAGAUCAAGCUAUUGAAAAUGCUAUCUCACCCCAAUAUCCUCCAGCUUCGGGAAAUGGCUGUGGAACGAAGCAAAGGAGAGGGACGAAAAAAGCCUAGCAUGUACAUGGUCACACCUUACAUGGAGCACGACCUUUCGGGACUACUUGAGAACCCAGCAGUUCAUUUCACCGAGGCUCAAAUCAAGUGCUAUAUGGUCCAGCUCCUGGAUGGACUAAAGUAUUUACAUGGGAAUCAAAUUCUACAUCGUGAUAUGAAAGCUGCCAACCUACUUAUUAGCAACAAAGGAAUUCUUCAGAUUGGCGAUUUUGGACUGGCCAGGCCUUUCGAUGAGCCACCUCCUCAACCUGGGAAAGGAGGAGGAGAAGCGAAAAGGGAUUAUACAACUUUGGUUGUGACUAGAUGGUAUCGUCCGCCGGAGUUACUUCUCCAACUUCGACGUUAUACUUCCGCCAUCGAUAUGUGGGGUGUUGGAUGCGUUCUCGGUGAAAUGUUCAAGGGCAAACCAAUCCUCGCCGGCAGCAGUGACCUCAAUCAGGCCCAGCUUAUAUUCAAUUUGGUGGGAAACCCCACAGAGGAGAACAUGCCUGGUUGGAGUUCGCUCCCAGGAUGCGAGGGGGUAAAAAGCUUCAGCAGCAAACCAGGGAACCUUGCUGAAGUUUUCAAAACUCAAAGUCCCAUGGCAAUAUCCCUGCUGAGCGAGUUGUUGAAACUCGACUGGCGAAAAAGACUGAAUGCUAUUGAUGCAUUGAAGCAUCCUUACUUUUCAACCCCACCGCUGCCAGCGCGUCCGGGCGACCUUCCGCGUUUUGAGGAUUCUCAUGAACUAGAUAGGCGGAGGUUUCGUGGCCAGAGAGCGGUUCUGCCUCCAGCCCCCGCUGGGGGUUCAGUGGGCAUGGGUCGAAAUGGCGGCUGGUCAACCAACUCAGGGGCUAGGACGGGGCCAGAAAAUAAAGCCGGUCGCAUUCCUGGUGCAGCCCGUUCGGUCAGGCCAAAUGCAAACGGAAACCAGGGAAAUCACCCACGUCGUUCCCAUGACAAUUGGAACCAUGAGGCACAGCACGGUAGAGCAAGAAAGGGCGUCGAAGAAUCAGACCAAGGGUUACCCCCUCGAAAUAAAGACGGCGGUUUACCACCUAAACCUCCCAUGUCAACCCAUCAAACAUGGGCUGCCGGUCAACCCGACAAAGGUGGGCGAGAUAGAUCAUAUUCAAACCGGUUUCCAGCGUCCGAAGGAGGGAGAGAUUCAUAUGUUCCAAGUAAUACCGCAAACGAUCGAGCUCGUGAGAGAGAUCAUGGAUCUACUUCGAAUACUGAUUGGCGUGGUGGCAUCCACCAAGGGAACAAGCAAGAUUAUGGACGAGAUAGUUCAUCUAGGAGAAGAAGUCGGAGUCCAGGUUCUCGGGAUGGACCACGGAUGGAUCGGCCAUUGUACCGCCGGUAAAGCCAGAAUAAAUAAAUUAUGCUAUAAUGUAUUUCACGCCAUCUUGCUUGACUUGUCUAGAGCGUAUGGAAUAAUGUAUCUAGCCAAUCAGGGUUGCUAGGUGCUAGAAUUCAAUAAAGCACUGAUGUUAAAUGCACACAGUAUACUGAC